AUGACGGUCACCUCAGCCUUAUGCAAGAUGAGAGCCAACCAGAUGCAGGCAAGCUUGGAGACUGAGGCCAUGGUGCAGGAGAGUGCUGGGCUGGCAUUGCCAGGCACACAAGUCUCUGAAUUUUGUUUCAACGCUGCUCCAGAUUACUAUGUCAGAACAACUGGAUUUACCCGUGAGACAGGCAGGGUACAGCUUACUACAUGCAUUCAUCACAUCAUCAAACAUGAUUAUCCAAGCCGCUGGACUGCCAUUGUGGACAAGAUUGGCUUUUAUCUUCAGUCUGAUAAUAGUGCUUGUUGGCUAGGAAUUCUUCUUUGCCUUUAUCAGCUUGUGAAAAAUUAUGAGUAUAAGAAACCAGAGGAGCGGAGUCCAUUGGUAGCAGCAAUGCAGCAUUUUCUGCCAGUUCUAAAGGAUCGUUUUAUCCAGCUUCUUUCUGAUCAGUCUGAUCAAUCUGUCCUUAUCCAGAAACAAAUAUUCAAGAUCUUCUAUGCUCUUGUUCAGUAUACACUACCACUGGAGCUGAUAAACCAACAGAACCUGACAGAAUGGAUAGAAAUUUUAAAGACUGUUGUGAACAGGGAUGUACCUAAUGAAACACUUCAAGUUGAAGAAGAUGAUAGACCUGAGUUACCAUGGUGGAAAUGUAAGAAGUGGGCUUUACAUAUUUUAGCAAGGCUUUUUGAAAGAUAUGGAAGCCCUGGCAAUGUUUCUAAAGAGUAUAAUGAAUUUGCUGAAGUAUUCCUGAAGGCAUUUGCUGUUGGUGUCCAGCAAGUUUUAUUGAAGGUGUUAUAUCAGUACAAGGAGAAGCAAUAUAUGGCUCCUCGAGUUUUACAACAGACAUUAAAUUAUAUUAAUCAAGGAGUUUCCCAUGCCCUCACCUGGAAGAAUCUGAAGCCUCAUAUACAAGGCAUUAUCCAAGAUGUUAUUUUUCCAUUGAUGUGCUAUACAGAUGCUGAUGAGGAACUUUGGCAAGAAGACCCUUAUGAAUACAUACGCAUGAAGUUUGAUGUGUUUGAAGAUUUCAUUUCUCCUACCACUGCUGCCCAGACACUUUUGUUUACAGCCUGUAGUAAGAGGAAAGAGGUAUUGCAAAAGACUAUGGGAUUCUGUUAUCAGAUUCUAACAGAACCAAAUGCUGAUCCUCGAAAAAAAGAUGGAGCCCUGCAUAUGAUUGGCUCUUUAGCCGAAAUACUUCUGAAGAAAAAGAUCUAUAAAGAUCAGAUGGAAUACAUGUUGCAGAAUCAUGUAUUCCCUCUCUUCAGCAGUGAACUAGGCUACAUGAGAGCAAGGGCUUGCUGGGUACUUCAUUAUUUUUGUGAAGUGAAGUUCAAAAGUGAUCAGAACCUUCAAACAGCCUUGGAGCUUACAAGAAGAUGUCUUAUUGAUGAUAGAGAAAUGCCUGUGAAAGUGGAAGCUGCUAUUGCGCUUCAAGUGUUGAUCAGCAAUCAAGAAAAAGCAAAAGAAUACAUCACACCAUUCAUCAGACCUGUAAUGCAGGCUCUUCUUCAUAUUAUAAGAGAAACAGAAAAUGAUGACCUUACCAAUGUAAUUCAGAAAAUGAUCUGUGAAUAUAGUGAAGAAGUUACUCCUAUUGCAGUAGAAAUGACACAGCAUUUGGCAAUGACAUUUAACCAAGUAAUUCAGACCGGGCCAGAUGAAGAAGGAAGUGAUGACAAAGCAGUUACUGCUAUGGGAAUUCUGAAUACAAUUGACACACUUCUUAGUGUAGUUGAAGAUCAUAAAGAGAUAACCCAGCAACUUGAAGGAAUCUGCUUACAGGUCAUUGGUACUGUUUUACAACAGCAUGUGUUAGAAUUCUAUGAAGAGAUCUUCUCUUUAGCACAUAGUUUGACAUGUCAACAAGUGUCUGCACAGAUGUGGCAGCUACUACCCCUUGUAUUUGAAGUCUUUCAGCAAGAUGGCUUUGAUUACUUCACAGAUAUGAUGCCCCUUCUCCAUAAUUAUGUAACAGUUGAUACAGACACACUUCUGUCUGAUACCAAGUAUCUUGAAAUGAUAUACAGUAUGUGCAAAAAGGUUCUUACGGGAGUUGCAGGAGAAGAUGCAGAGUGUCAUGCAGCGAAAUUGUUAGAGGUCAUCAUUCUACAGUGUAAAGGGCGUGGCAUCGACCAGUGCAUUCCCUUAUUUGUUGAAGCAGCUUUAGAAAGACUAACAAGAGAGGUUAAGACAAGUGAACUUCGAACAAUGUGUCUGCAGGUUGCGAUUGCAGCUUUGUAUUAUAAUCCACACCUACUACUCAAUACCUUAGAAAAUCUUCGUUUCCCUAAUAAUGUUGAACCAGUUACAAAUCAUUUUAUUACACAGUGGCUUAAUGAUGUUGACUGUUUCUUGGGGCUUCAUGACAGAAAGAUGUGUGUUCUUGGACUGUGUGCUCUUAUUGAUAUGGAACAGAUACCACAAGUUUUAAAUCAGGUUUCUGGACAAAUUUUGCCAGCUUUUAUCCUUUUAUUUAAUGGAUUAAAAAGAGCUUAUGCCUGCCAUGCAGAACAUGAGAAUGACAGUGAUGAUGAUGAUGAAGCUGAAGAUGAUGAUGAAACAGAGGAACUGGGGAGUGAUGAAGAUGAUAUUGAUGAAGAUGGACAAGAAUAUUUGGAGAUUCUAGCUAAGCAAGCAGGUGAAGAUGGAGACGAUGAGGACUGGGAAGAAGAUGAUGCUGAGGAGACUGCUCUGGAAGGCUAUUCCACAAUCAUCGAUGAUGAAGAUAAUCCUGUUGAUGAGUAUCAGAUAUUUAAAGCUAUAUUUCAAACUAUUCAAAAUCGUAAUCCUGUGUGGUAUCAAGCUCUGACUCAUGGUCUCAAUGAAGAACAAAGAAAACAGUUACAGGACAUAGCAACUCUGGCCGAUCAAAGAAGAGCAGCCCAUGAAUCUAAAAUGAUUGAGAAGCAUGGAGGAUACAAAUUCAGUGCUCCAGUUGUGCCAAGUUCUUUCAAUUUUGGAGGCCCGGCACCAGGGAUGAAUUGAGUUUAUCACUUUCUUUCCUGCUGUGUGAUUGUAGUGAAGAGCUUGUGUUCCUCCUAGUAGUGGUUCCAGAACUGGUCAUGUUAUCUACUCUAAACUAACUGAUCAAUAGAUGGACAAAAAAACCCAAGAGGUGGGACCUGAUCAUGCAACCUGGCACUGGAAAAGAAACCAGAGGGAUUUGGGGGAGGGAGGGUAAUUUUGGGGUUAUUUUCUUUAUUUUUUGAAGAAAGUAAGAUCCUGACUGAAGCUUUCAAGUGACACUGUGGAAAUCUGCAACAAGAGGGGAUGUCAUGAAGGCAGCUUUUCUUUUUCUGAGGAAAAAAUAGGCAUGGGCUACAGGACUAUUUAAAAUGUCUCAUUUACAGUAUAUAAAUCUCAAAGGUAGAUGUAAUUUUUACACCUAUGAGUAUUUGUCCAAUUUUUGUCUCUUCCUCACCAUUGGGUAUCUAUUCUUUAUAUGUAAAUAAGAUAAGGUAAUCUGAUAGCCUUAUUCAAUCUUCAUCAUUUUCAUUCAUCAAAGAUUGUUCCUAUGUAGAUUAUUGGACGUUUAUUGUAGCACUACAUAACUGAUUAAAAAAAUCUGUAAAUGAAUUAGCACUUUCAUAUUGAAACAAGCCUGCUAGCCUAUGUAUAAAAUAGCAAAAUGUUUGCUGUUUAUAAAAAGAAGGGAUGUAAUGGGGUGGGGGGCAGGGGUAAUUUCAAGUUAUUAAUUUAAAAAUGAACUAGCAAUUUUGUACCUGGUGACUUUGUGGUACACUCACCUCUGAUUGUGACUUGAAUUCGGUAUGUAAAAAGGGGUUAGUGAUAUACCUUUGCUGCUAAAAAUGGCAACUCCCUCUGUGUCCUGUUUUUUCUUAAAGCUCUCAGUGUACAAUUGGAUAUUUGGAUACGAGCCCUUACUGUAAACAAGUAAGAAAGGUGAUAUCUGAAGCAUGUAAAUUGGAUAUAAAGUUCUACUCUUAAAGAGUUGAUCUAAGAGUAUGGCUAAACAUCUAUAUAUGCAAUCUAUUAAAAGAACUUAAUUCGGCUAUUA